CCGUUUCGCCCGUUUCGCCCGAUAUCGGCCGCCUGACGGGGAUGCCGCCGCGGCUCCCUAUCUCCGGAUUUGUUAACGGCAGUCGCUCCUCAAGCACUGCACGUUACAAUACGCGAGAGAGCGUCGGACCGCGACGAUCCGUCGAGGAGAUACGCGAAGGCCACCGCCGCCGUUCGACCACACGGAAUCCCUCGAUUUUUUAACGACCGUUCGCCGAUUUUUUAAAUCGCAACGCACGCAACCCGCGACCUCUCCACGUAGAAACGAUCACGCGCCACGUCGCAACGGAGUGAAACGAACGGCCGCGACCGUCGCACGUGUUUCUUUUGUUCUUCGUUGUUUUUCGUUGUUUUUAUUUUUUUUCUCUCUUUUCCCUUUUGUUUUUCCAUACUCCACUUUUUUGACGACAAGAAGCCGUUUCGCGCCGCAUGGUGGAACGCGCCCCGUACGUAGGAGGAAAAAUUUUUACGUCGGCCGAGUUCCGGCGACGAAGCGGAUCCGCAGUGGAAACCGGUCGGAAUAUAUCGGAGGGAGACAGACGGGCGAUCGAAUUGCGGAGAAAUUUUUUUUGUGCACAGCGAUUAAUAAUAAUAAUAAUAAUAACAAUAACAAGAAGACAAGAUUUGCAGUGAUGUAAGGCGUGCGACGAGGGGGGCUAGGGGCCUGAAGUUCGCGGCACUAUAUACAUACCGCAUCGUAGAUAGUGAAAUAUAUUGUAUAAAAAAAGUAUAUUAAAAAAAAAAACAGAAAAAAAUGAAAUGAAAUGAAAAAAAGGGAGAUGAACGAAUUUCCGAGUUUUGCUUAGUGACCGGUACAGCGAAUCGAUCGUUAUUAUUCAACCGAAUCGCCACAGCGGUGGUGGUCGAGGAUUAUGGAGGAUCUCGAAUGAGUCUUGGGUACAGUCGUGAGGAUAGGGAGGAUUUAAAAAAAAAAAUCGAGGAGAAAUAAUAAAAGUGCCAGCGUUAAGAUGAUGGAGGUUCAGCAGCAGCAUUCACCUGUGGGGGUUGGACCGUUGGAUUUUUCCAGACGCGGCGUAGCCGAGGCGUCAGCUUUCAGAAUCGUUAAACCGAAACAAUUGACACCGUCCGUGAUCGGUCAUCAACAAUCCGUGAAUCCCGAGACCAACAACAACAACAACAACAACAACAACAACAAUAAUAACAACAACGAAAACGCGCAGGAUAACCCCCAAGUACCCCAAGAAAACGAAGGAGGUUGCAGCGUGCGACUCGUGUUCCCGAGACUUUGGGCGCCCUUCGCCAACGCCAAUGAGGUCACCAAUUUGCCGCCACUUCCGAGAAGCCAUUCCGAUCGCCUGUCGUUCGGGGUCGGCAGACUGGUCGGUUCCCCGUCGACGAGGAGUCCUUCGCCGGUCCACUCCCUGUCGCCGGACUCCCCCGCGGACGUCAGGAGCGGCGAGGGGGCCGACGACGACGAGGAGGAGGUCGACGUGGACGUAGAGGAGGUCGGCGAGGAGGACGACCACGAGGAGUUGCCCUCGAGUCCCGCGGGUUCGGCGUCGCCCUCCUCACCGGCGAUAACCAGGAGCACGGUCGCCCACCCGCCGAAACGUUCCGGCGACACAUUCAGCGUUUCCGCGCUCCUCAGGCCGGACCCGCCCUCCGCGCACCCCAGGAACGAAUCCCCCCUGCGGAACGGGGCGCCGAACUCCGUCGGCGGCCCACCGCCGAUGCUCUACCCCCCCCUCCACCUCCAGGGUGGCUCCCUGCUGCCACCCCACCCCCACCCCCACCCCCUCUCCUACCUGCACCCGCACCUGCUGCCCCACCACCUGCUGCCCCCUCACCUCCACCCGCUGCUGAGGGGCGUACAUCCCGGACAUCCCGGACUCCACACGGCCCACGCCGCGCACGGACUUCACCAUCCGCAUCCGCUCGGUGACGUCUACAGCUGCGUCAAGUGCGACAAAAUGUUCAGCACCCCCCACGGCCUCGAGGUGCACGCGAGGCGGUCGCACAACGGUAAGAGGCCAUUCGCCUGCGAACUGUGCAACAAAACCUUCGGUCACGAGAUAAGCCUGACGCAGCACCGCGCCGUCCACUCGGCGGAGAAGGUGUUCGAGUGCAAGCAGUGCGGCAAGGCGUUCAAACGCUCCAGUACGCUGAGCACCCACCUCCUCAUACACUCGGACACGAGGCCCUACCCCUGCCAGUUCUGCGGGAAGAGGUUCCACCAGAAGAGCGACAUGAAGAAACACACCUACAUCCACACCGGUGAAAAACCGCACAAGUGUCAGGUGUGCGGCAAGGCAUUCUCCCAGAGCAGCAACCUGAUAACCCAUUCGCGGAAGCACACGGGCUUCAAGCCGUUCGCCUGCGAACUCUGCGGAAGGGCGUUUCAGCGCAAGGUCGACCUCAGACGACACAGGGAGACGCAACACGCCGACCUAGGCGCCGCCGCUCACAGGCCCUCCGUAGUAGGGUCACUGCCCCAAAAUGGACUAACCCCCUCCGCGAACACCGCUGCAGCGUUGAUGCAGUAAUUUCGAAUAAGGGCUCCCACCACGAAUUACGACUAACGUAUUAUAUAUAUAUAUAUAUAUAUACAUAUACAUAUAUACAUACAUACA